CUAUCUCUAAAAACAUAUUGCGGUUACGGCAUGUUGUAUUUUAAUUAUUAUUAUUUUUUUAAUUGCAGUGGGGUUUCUAUUCCCUUUUGGCCCUCACCCACAUAACCAUUGCAGUAUAUAAACACAUCCAGCAAUACCCUCUUUCCUUCACAGACUGCUACACAAAUAUAGUCUUCAAUCGCGAUGGAAUUCUCUAAGCUUUUUCUCAGUAUCACUGUUUUUCAAGUUCUAAUCUUCUCCUAUGGAUCAGCCCAAGCUGCACCCACAAACCUCUUUCGAGAAUACAUAGGAGCAGAGUUCAAUAAUGUCCGAUUUUCUGAUGUCCCAAUCAAUUCAAACGUUGAAUUCCACUUCAUUCUCUCCUUUGCCAUAGACUAUACAACCUCGUCAUCUCCCUCACCCACAAAUGGGAAUUUCAAUGUCUUCUGGGACUCCGAUAAUCUCAGUCCCUCCGCGGUGUCUUCCAUCAAAAGUCAGCAUUCGAAUGUCAAAGUGGCAUUGAGCCUAGGAGGGGACAGUGUUGGCAAUGGUUACGCCUACUUCAACCCAUCCUCUGUCGAUUCAUGGGUUUCCAAUGCUGUUUCUUCUCUCACGCAUAUCAUCAAACAAUACAACCUCGACGGAAUCGACAUCGACUACGAACACUUCAGUGCUGAUCCUGAGACCUUUGCCGAGUGUAUUGGGCAGCUUAUUACAAAACUCAAGAACAAUGGAGUGAUUUCAUUUGCUUCCAUAGCUCCAUUCGAUGAUGAUCAAGUUCAGAGCCAUUAUUUGGCUCUGUGGAAAAGCUAUGGCCACCUCAUAGACUACGUCAAUUUUCAGUUCUACGCAUAUGAUCAGGGCACCACUGUGUCUCAAUUCUUGAGUUAUUUCAAGACCCAGAGCACAAAUUACAAGGGGGGUAAGGUUCUAACAAGCUUUAUAAGCGACGGAAGCGGCGGAUUGUCGCCAGAAAAUGGGUUCUUUACGGCCUGCAAUAGGCUCAUGAAUCAGCAACAACUCCAUGGCAUCUUUGUUUGGUCUGCAGAUGACUCAAAGGCCAGGGGUUUCGUUAUGAGAAGCAAUCACAAGCAUUGUUGGCAAGGUCUCACUAGUUCUAUAAGGAUUAUUAUACUACUGUACUAUGGUUUAUUACUAGGUGCCCAUAUGCUUAUAGUGUUCUGUGUACCUGUAACAAAUGGUGUUGCUUUGUUUCUGCUUGUGAGAUUUGUGUAGUGCAUUGUGUAAGUGAGUUGUAAUUUAUAUAUUAUCAAGGAGGUGUUGAGU